AUGAACCGCUGUUUGGAACGACCUACCGUUUGCGUUUUCUGCGGCGACAGCGCUGCACAUACAACUCAGGCGGCAUUCGAAGAGCUCGGAACUGCAGCCCCAAGCCUUUCUGUUUCACAUGGGAGAACACACCCAGCAAGCAGCCAGAACGCCUUCACAAAGUUUUCCCGCAGGCUGACCAAACUGCUGCGUCAUGAGGGGCCCCGCAUGGGCCUUUUUGUGCGCCCAGAUGGAUUUGUGUCUGUCGUCGCUGUUUUAUUACUUGCUGAAAACCACCAGUUUUCCAUCUCUGACGUUUUCUCCAUCGUGUCUACAGAUGCCAAACAACGAUUUCAACUAGGGAUAGCUGAAGUCCCUCCUUCCACUUCCUUGCCCUCUGCUGUGGGGCUUCAAAAAUCAAUGAGGAUUCUUCCGGCAGGAGGCGUUUGUUGCAUGCAAUGCACAGGGGGAGCUGCUACUGUGUAUAUCCGCGCCACCCAAGGCCACUCGAUCCCCAACGUGCAGAGCGACCUCCUCUGUUGCUGCAUUAACUCUUCUGAAGAACUGGAAGACGCGCUUCUAAAUGGGCCUGCGGGGGCCCUCAGGGAGCGUGCACAGGCGAGAGGAGUCACUUUGGUACAUGGCACGUAUUUACGAUUAUGGGAAAGCAUAAAAAAUGAAGGGCUUAAACGAAUGGGGAGACGGCAUGUACACUUCACUCCUUUUUAUGAGAAUAAAUCUCUCGGUUGUUUUUCUGGGUUUAGGGCAUCUUGCAAUCUACUACUCAUUCUAGACUUUGAAAAGGCCUUAGGCAUGGGUCUGAAGUUUUUUGUAGCAGCGAACGGGGUGGUGCUGACAGAGGGGACAGAGGAAGGCAUUGUCCCCUUUUGUUGCAUUCGCACAAGUGUUGAUAGGCGCACUGGGGAAUCCCUCAGUUAA